UUUAUAUAUCUUAUUAAGUAAAAUCAUUUAAAUCAUUUUGUAUUUCUGCUUAGCUUAAUUUAGCAUAAAUAUGUUUUGUUUCUGUACAUGAUUUAAUUAAAAAUGAUCAAACUUUUUCAUGCUGACCGUGUUAACUUGGACGAAAUUAUAUAAGCUGACGCCCUCGGCCAAAACGCGAUGAAAUGGAAUUAAAGUGUCGUGAGGACAAAUUAUUCGGCUCAUGUGCAAUGUAUCUCCUAGACUUGUUCUGCUUAUAAUUCAUUUAACUCGGAUAAACGAAAUGAAUCCAGUGCUUAAUCUUCCUUCUCCCUCAUUAUUUAUUUGUGUACUGGUUGCCGUUGGGACAUGGUGUGCUUUGCUUUUGUUCCGGUCACUCGAUUCAUCUUCAACCAACAAUGAAGAUUCGAAAAGGCGAACACAACAGGUAAACAAAGAGAUCGAGGAUCAUACACGGGAAAACCAUGCGCUUUCGGAUAAAAUUCGUGCUCAAGAAGAAGAGUUACAGAAAUCUAAGGAAAGGGAAAAAAGGCUGGAAAAGAAAAUUAAAGAACUGGAGGAGGAAUGUGAUCGGAUGAAAGAAAGUUCCUUUAGAUGGGGUCCAGAGCUUAAAAGAAGAAAAGAGGAAUUGAGGGUAGAAAGAGCGAAGUUAAAAGAUUUGCAAGAUACAAAUAGCGACUUGGAAGAAGAACUCAAACUGCAAAGACAAAGACAUGACGUAGAACUGAGAACAAUAGCAAGGUUGGAGAAAGAGAAGAAAAAACUUGAAGUAUAUGCUAUGAGGUUGGAUGGUGACCAAAAGAAAUUGCAAGAAAUUGCUAAAGAAUCGGAUAAUGACAAAAAGAAGACUAGAGAAGAAAUUAAAAGAUUGACCGAUGAGAACAAGAGGACUAGAGAAGAAAUUAAAAGGUUGACCGAUGAGAACAAGAGGACUAGAGAAGAAAUUAAAAGGUUGACCGAUGAGAACAAGAGACUGGAAGAAAAUGCAAAAGCGUUGGGUAAAGAGAAUAAGAGGUCAAUGGGGGUAUGGGGAAAGUCAAGGAUGGAAAAACAGCGGCAAAGUAAGAUAAUACCUGUAUCUAAAAAUCUGAACCUAUCGGAAAAGGAAGAGGAAAUACAAAGGUCGAAACUGAAGGAGCAGUCUAGAGAAGGAUCGUCUGGUGACUCGGCAUGUAACACUCUUAAGAUAUGUUCUGCAGAGGGAACGGAUCUAACCAGAGAAGUUAUUUAUGAGUCAGAUGUGUAGUUUUAUUAUUCCUUUUCAGAAAACUGUUUUAUCAAAAUGCAUAUUUCACUAAUAAAUCUAAAA